CCCCCGGCCGCGCCACCGCCCCUUCCUGUCAUGGCCGCAGCCGGGCUACGGGAGAGCGGCGAGGCGGUGCAGGCCGGCGCUCCCAGGACCUGAAGGCCCGUCCGGGUAGCGCGGCGCGGAGCGGGCGCGUCCCCCAGCCCGGAGCCAGCGGCAGGAGAUACCACUGAAGUACCUGUUUUCCACCACUUCCCUCAUUCGACCUCACCUUGUGGUCAGCUGGUGAGCAGCAUGCCUUCUACCCACAACACCUCAAAACUUUUCCUGGUCCUCCUGUCAUUGCUGCUGGUGCUGCCAGUGGCUGAAGCCAUGGAUGCAGGAGAUACCAUCGCCUUCUUACUAGGCCUUGCUGUCAGUGUCAUCGGGUUCUGCGCCUGCCUUGGCUUGUAUGCAAGGAAAAGGAGUGGCCAACAAUGACUUCAGAUGAAGUGAAUUUUCAAACACAGCUUGGGGUUGAGAUCUGGGGUGUAAAACUGAGCUUCAGUUCUGGAUAGCUUUCAAAAACCAUGUAGCAGAUAUUUCUGCAAACCCCUCUUACUGUGCAAUAUAACUGAACCAAGACUGUAACCAGUAAAAGGGAUUUGUAGGAUCUGUCCUUGUGACAGAUUAUUUUAUAUUGUUAAAUUACUUCCUUACAGAAGGGUAAGACCUUUUUGAAUAGGGAAAGCAAACCCUAGAGUGGUUCACAGUAAAUGUUUAUAAAUUUGGGAGGGAGACCAUCAACAACUUCCACAAUUUUGGUUUCAAGGGUUCAUCAGGAGAAAGCAUCUGUGAAUCUUGUCAAGAUUAUUCUAGAUUGCUAGGGAGCAGACUGCUUUGAUGUGUGUGCAUUGUGCUUAAGUUCCUUGUAAUGACACUUACUUAACAGCUCACUUCUGCUGUCACAGGGAGGACACUUUAGAGAACUACAAAAACAUGGAAAACUUUCUUUUCUAAUGUAUUUUUAUUUUACAAUAUGCCAUUCCUGUAUCCUGUGUUCUCAUUACCAAGUAGAUAAACUUAAGAAUGGGACCGCUAUUUUUCUUUAAUGUGUAUUUCACAGAAAAGUAUAUGUAAGGCUAUGUAAAUCAGAUUAACAAUAUGUUUUCGUCUUGUUUA